GUUUUUUGGAACGACAGCCACACCGGUCCCGCCCUCCAAAAUAAAAAAGCAAUGCAAAGGCCGCAAUUUGGAUAUAACUAGUCAAAUUUAUCGAAGAAUAUUUCGCCGCGCCUAGCUGAGCACCAUGGACUGCACCACGUUCCCCAAGCAUCCCAAAAUGGACGAGCAGCUGGCCCGGGCGUUCGCCGCCAACGAGGAGGAAGAAGAGAAGCACAUCCAAAAGGUGCAGAACGCCUUCCUCUAUUAUGGGCCAUAUGCGUGCCAGCGACUAAAGCGCUCCAUGGAUUACCUUAACAGCUUGUCUGGAGAGGAUCAACACAUGCUGACCAAGUACCGGGCGCACUUGGAGUGCGUCCGCACGUGCAUUGACCGCAAUCAGGCGGUCAUUAGGGAGAUUCUCCGGGCGCGUGUUCUCUACCCUGCGGAGGAACCAGGUGCCAGUCCUUCGAGGGAUCGCUGGGACUUCGACGAGCCGCCGCCGAACGUCAGGCACGGCGAUAUGGACCAGAAUGAAAUUCCAUUCGAUGAAGCUGACGUAGAACCUCUCAAAAUUUUAAAGGCCCAGUCGACGUUGAAGUUGAUUGCGCGAGACUGGAGCAUCGACGGCGCUUUGGAGCGAGAGCAGUCCUAUAAGCCGAUCAUCGAUAGCAUCGUGGAGUACUACAAGCCCAGCGAUUAUGAGCUGAAGGAGAUUAAGAUCCUGGUGCCGGGGGCGGGAUUGGGAAGGUUGACCUACGAGUUGGCCUGCUUGGGAUACUCGUGCGAGGGCAACGAGUUUUCCUACUUCAUGCUGAUCGCUUCCUACUUUGUCCUUAAUCUCUGCGACUACGAGAACAAAUAUGUGCUGUACCCGUGGGUCCACCAGUAUGUAAACAAUCUAAGGCGUGAGGACCAGGUGGCCGCUGUGCGCUUUCCCGACGUCUGCCCGAAUAAGAACCCGCCCAAGGGCGAGUUUGUAAUAGCAGCCGGGGAUUUCCUUGAGGUCUACAAGACGCCGCACUCCUACAACUGCGUGGCGACGUGCUUCUUCAUCGAUUGUGCCAACAACGUAAUUGAUUUUAUACGUACUAUUUACAAAAUUCUCGUGCCUGGUGGCAUUUGGGUGAAUCUCGGUCCACUACUUUACCACUACAGCGACGUUAGUGGUCAGAACAGCAUUGAGCCGACGUUCGAAGACCUGUGCAUCAUCAUGGAGAGCGUGGGCUUCGUAAUCGAGAAGUCGCGCACCGGUAUCCACACCAAGUACGCCCAGAAUCCAUCGUCGAUGAAGCAGAGCGAGUAUCAGAGCCUUUUUUGGGUCUGCCGCAAGCCGGAUCCGUUUAAGGAGCAGCGGGGCAAGCGGAAGGUCUCCCGGGAGCCACACGAUCUCAUUGUGCGGGAGGACAGCGAGGAGGAGCAAGAGCAUCAUGAUCGGGAAGAAAAGGAGCAGGAGCAAGCUCAGAAGCAGGCCACGGGCAACGAUGAGACUGAAAUGGAGCUGGCCCAGACAACGUGAUAGCUACUGAAUCGCAACCCCAACACCACAGCCGAACCGAAAUCAAAACCUUAACCCAAAGCCAAACCCACCUACAGAUGCCAUCACCCCCAUCAACCUACACGUCACAGGCAAGAAAUGGAACUCGAAUUGACCAACAGUGGUUCGACGUUGCAGCGUUAUAGUUAUACCUCUAUUCUGUAUAAAAUUUAGAGUGACUUGUUGUACAUUUUUAGACCACAUGGAAAAAUAUACAACCAAAUAUACCAAAACAAAGCAUUAAAUAUAAA